CAAGACAUGUUUUCCUUUGUCUCUCAACGUCUGUUCUGUUUUAUAGCGCUGUACAUAGCUUAUGGGCUAAUUACUGUUUUAGGUGUUACUGUACUGAGUACUACAACUUCAGAAUCAAGAGAUUGUAAAGAUGAACCCGACUCUGUGGUACAGUCUGGUAACGUGACGACGCCCCUGGAUUACUGCGGUGACUGCCACUUCCGGUACAGUGAGGGCGCCAUGAUGUUCUGUGUGGAGGGGCUGGUACCCCCCUACACCAUGCACGUCAGGAUUGGGACACGCCACAUCUUUUCCUACGUUGUGUACAACUGCUCAAAGUUCCAGUUCGAGGAAGACGAAAAGAUCCAAGACUUUGUCUACUUUUAUUAUGAGGAAAUGUCGUCGUGUAGGAGGAAGUGGACAUUUCGCUGUGCUAUAUCGUUUGAUGUCUACCUUUCUUACCAAAGCCGCACCCCACGGGUCAAGCCACAACAUGUGAUGUUAGCUGUGACCGUUCUACUGACGUGGUCCAAGUCACUCAGAUAACCCAGGCCCACAAAACUUAGAUAACCCAGGCCCACAAAACUUAGAUAACCCAGGCCCACAAAACUCAGAUAACCCAGGCCCACAAAACUCAGAUAACCCAGGACCACAAAACUUAGAUAACCCAGGCCCACAAAACUUACCUCAGAUAACCCAGGCCCACAAAACUUAGAUAACCCAGGCCCACAAAACUUUGAUAACCCAGGCCCACAAAACUUACCUCAGAUAACCCAGGCCCACAAAACUCAGAUAACCCAAGCCCACAAAACUUAGAUAACCCAGGCCCACAAAACUUACCUCAGAUAAC